AGAGAGAGAGAGAGAGAGAGAGACAGAGAGAGAGAGAGAGAGAGAGAGAGAGAGAGAGAGAGAGAGAAAUAGCCGGACAUCAAGUAUAUUUACCUUCAAAUUUGAAGCCACAUCGCACCAAGAAGGCAGGCAGAGCGCUUGGUGUGGCAUUUUAUUUUGAAACUCCUCUCCGGUGGCCGCUUGUGUCGUUGCGGCCGCCUUGACGCGGGAGUCUCGGCAGACAGGUCGCCGGGGCCGCUGGAUGAUGGCGAUCACGGGGCUGCUGCUGCUGGAGCUGGCUCUGUACGCCAGCUGCUUCGUCUGCGGGAUCGUCGCCGCCGCGUCCACCACCAUCGUCCAGGGUAACUUCGGCGGUCUGUGUAUGCUGUACGGACUCGUCAACUACAAUGCAACAGCGGGCCUCAUCGGGGUCCAGUCCUCCAGCUCCCCGUCUAUGUGCUAUUUUGUGUCAGCCAUAUCGGUCAUGGUGGCGGUGGUGUGCUUCUCCCUGUCUCUGUACUGGGUGUACACCCUCUUCGUCGACGGGGACGUUAGACGGGAGCGUGUGUGGAUGAACCUGAUCGUGGCCGUGUGCGGCGUCUUCCUCUUCUUCCUGCUCAUCACGGGCUGCAUGCUGAAGAUUGGACGCGACACGCUCUGCAACUCUGUUCUACAAGCCGUUCCCAACAUUACAAGAUGUGAGGAGGCCCAGACUCGAACCUGGGCCAGUCCUCUGAAAGGAGAACGGUUCUACAGCAGUCUGCACAAAGCUGAGACAGCGGUGUGGGUCAACUUCUUCUUCUGGCUCAUCAUCGGGGUGCUGGUGGUCGUCCAGCGGCGUCAGGGUUCCGGGGCCAAGCUGAUCACAGGGGUGAUCGGCGGGCCGGCCGGUGGGCUUUUCGGCGACCCGGGGGUGACGGCCGCCGAGACGGAGCCGUUUUUCAACCGUCCCGCGAGGCCACAGUGAGGACGCAGAAAAACAUGUCCAGUGGCACAAAGUGGGGCUGGAUGUGGGAAACGGGUAAACACAUUCAUUCUACUCUGAGUUCCAGGUGAUACCGACACAUUUUUUUUAGAUGGCUGCGGUACUUUGUACGCAGCUUUGAUUGCUAGAGGGCGUCACAAUAUCAAGAUGCAAUAGAAACAUUGUUCUGCGACGAGGAUGGGAUUCGAACCCACGCGUGCAGAGCACAAUGGAUUAGCAGUCCAUCGCCUUAACCACUCGGCCACCUCGUCCUCUUACACAGUUGUUAUUGUAAGCUUCAAAAAUGUGUAGAGCUUUCCGUGUCCGUCAGCACGUACGUGUGUGAAGCAGACUGAGCUGCUGAUAUGUGCGUUUACCCACUUCCCACAUUUACCUCCAUCUCUCUCACCAAAACCAGUUUAGAUGUCCGACUCCCAGAUCACACAGAAAUGUGGAUUUGUGCAUUCACGUUGGUCACAUAACCAAGAAGUAGGGGUGUUGUUUUAUUGCAGGCAUUCGUUUUGUAUUUCGCCAGUGUGCUGAGAUUUUGAACUUUGGAUGCGACUGACAGAUGUUUCCCACAUAAAACGUUUUCACCCCUAAAUAGCUUAAACCUUUCACACCCUCGGAAAAGCCGUUUCCACCCAUUUUUUUUUUUAUUCAUGUUUGUCGUCUUUACUCUUUAUUUAUGAAAAAAAUUAUUUCGGGCUGCAACUACCGAUUAUUUUCAUAAUCUAUUAAUCUGUCAAUUAUUUUCAUAAUCUAGUUG